UGGGACGCUGGCUGCCCCCGUGCUGUGGGGGGGAGCCGUGGUUUUUACUAAGGGGCUGAGGGGUGACAGUGUGGCGAGCGGGGAGGGUCGCUUAGGAGAGGAGGGCAAACGGCAGGAAGGCGGGGGAGCUGUGAGGUAAAUGAAGGCGGUGAAAGAUGGAGUAGAGUGAACUGGAUGAAGCAUCGGCUAAAGGUGAAAAGCGCAGUGUGGAGUAAGGGAGAGAAAGAGUAAACGUUUUCCCCCUAAAAUGUUCUGAAUCGAUGAUCUGUGCUCCUGUGGGAUCAAUAGUUGCUCCCCUGUGGGCAUACGCACCGCCACCCCCGCCCCAGCCAUGCUUGCAGCUUUGUCAGUCUGUAUCACAGCAGAUGGAUCCAGCAUGUGAUCUGUGGCUUAAAAGAAACCAGAUAUGAGCAAGGCUGUGAUCUCAGGAUGCUGUUUUGAGGCUGUUUUCUCCCUGUUCCAUUGUACCAUAUUGCCACUAUUCCACCUUGAAGGCAAAAUCAGCAAAAACUUGAAGCUGCUAUUCUGCUCCAGCAGCCACAUCACCAGGGCAACAUGGCAUUUACAGGGAAAUAUGAAUUUGAAGGAGAUGAGAACUAUGAUGAAUUUGUGAAGAAGAUUGGUCUCCCCAGUGACAAGACUGAAUUGGGAAGGAAUUGCAAAAUAGUCACUGAAGUGGUACAGAAUGGAAAUGAUUUCACCUGGACACAGCAUUUCCCAGGAGGCCGCACCACAAGCAACACAUUUACAAUUGGCAAAGAGGCAAACAUGGAGACAAUGGGUGGUAAAAAGUUCAAGGCAACUGUUAAAAUGGAAGAUGGGAAACUAGUAGCUGAUUUUCCCAACUACUAUCAUACUGCAGAGAUUUCUGGAGGAAAACUAGUAGAGAUUUCUACUUCUUCUGGUGUAGUCUACAAAAGAACCAGCAAAAGAAUUGCUUGAGGCAGUAAAGCCACUCUCAUCCAUUGCACUGCAAAACAAACAAUACAAAUAAAUAAAAU